AUGACCACCCCCGUUCCCAAGAACCGAGACUGGGCCUCCAUCCAUGAGCCCAUCCUCUUCAAGCUCGCCGAUCACCUCGACGCCAUCAGCCAUGUCCGGUACCGCUCCGUCUGCACCUCCUGGCGUGCAUCCUCACCCAAGCGCCCCAAGACCCCCCUCAUCGUCACCUGCAUCCUCAACAGGUUUCGCCAUCUAUCCUCUCUAGUCUUCCACGACCUCGUCUGCAACCAAAGCAUCGAUCUCUCCUUCACUGCCGGAGAUGUUCUUUCCAGCCUCGUCUCCAACGAUUACAACUACAUCGGCUGCUCUCAUGGAUGGAUUUUCUUGGCGGUUACUCAAAAGAAACCAAUGAUAUCACUCCUGAAUCCGUUCACCGGCGAGAAUGUUACCCUUCCUGAAAUGAAUGAAGUCAACACCUCUCCGAUCCAAUCCCUACGCGUCGUCCUCUCGUUGCCUGUUGUGGUUUCCUACUCUCUUUAUCCAAUGGAGCUUAGCUUCAUCCGGUUUGGCGAAACCAAGUGGAAAAGAAUUGAACUAUCUAGUCCACUCCGAGGUGUAACGGCGUUCAAGGGCCGGUUCUACGGCCAUUACUACGGCAGAAGCAGAAACAAGCUCUAUCUGAUCGAUCUUGAGGCUAACAACGGGAAUGGCGCCGUUGUCCCUGUUCAACUAAACUUACCGGACAAGCUUUCCGGCCAGUUAUUCUCGUGGGAGUUCUUGGUUGAGUUCUCUGGUGAUCUCCUUGUGGCUAUUUCUAGACUUAAUAGUGGACACAAGUAUGAGUUCUUGAAGGUGGAUUUUGAGAAUGGCUUGCUCCAGAUGUUACCUGAGAUCGACGAACAUGUGCUUUUCUUGGGAGACAGUCUGCCGGUGUUCGUUCCACCAGAGAGAUUGUUGGAUUUCCGUCCUGACCGCUGUCACUUCCCUGAAAACCCUAAUGCACUCUCUGUCUAUGAUAGUUAUCAGCUUGGACGUAUUCUGUCCCUCGAUGGGAAGAAUCAUGGUCAACAUAGGGUACCUGCUGGUUGGAUUACUCCAGUUCUGAAUAAGUCUUUGGAAUGAGGUUACAAAAAAAAUGGUUACUUCUUUGAGUGAUGAUCAUCUUGAGCUGCUAAAGAUAUAUUCUCAAGGCUCUCUUUCUUAAAGAUGGUCCUGCUGGAUGGGUUGUAUAUAUAUAGCUUGAUGUUGACGCAAGUAUAUCAUAUUUGAAAGACUCUAGCUUAGUACUGAAUUCUCCAUGACUUCUAUUUCUUCAGUUC